AACUCACAAAUCGCCCAUCCCUAAACCAGUUCGAGUUACCCAUAAUUUGACAGCCAAAUUUUGUUAAUUGCACCUGGAAAAGCAAAAAAAAAUUGGGAAUAAUAACAAAAAUGUCGCAGCGUUAAGGUGAAAACCUGCACCUGCCCGCCCAAAAGGGGAAGCAAGCAGCAAAUAGCGCCGAAGGUUUUCGACAAUAGCGUGCAAGCGAGUGAAUCACUAUCAGAUAAAGAAAUUGGAUUGGACGGAGGAGCGUAGAUCGCAGAGAUCCCCGCCCGCCGGAGGAGCAGUCACAAUAGCAGUCCCAUCUGGCGCCCCGAUUCCGCUUCAGCUUCAGGUGGACGUCACCCCAACGCCCAGAGACACGCGCGCCCUCACCGAAGUGGUGGCCCACAUUAAUAACAUGGGAAACGACGACCAUCGACGGCGGAAGACACCUUGUGGAUUUUGUAUGGCGGUCUUCAAGUGGAUCCCGGUGCUGUUCAUCACCGCGGUGAUAGCCUGGUCCUACUAUGCCUACGUGGUGGAGCUGUGCAUCCGCAACUCGCAGAACCGCAUCGGUAUGAUAUUCAUGCUGUUGUUCUACCACCUUUUUCUCACCCUGUUUAUGUGGUCCUACUGGCGUACCAUUAUGACGUCCGUGGGGCGAAUGCCUGAUCAGUGGCGGAUACCGGACGAGGAAGUGACUCGACUUUUCCGGGCCGACAGCCCAGACACCCAGAAACGCAUACUUAACAACUUUGCGCGCGAUCUGCCAGUCACAAAUCGCACAAUGAACGGAUCUGUGCGGUUCUGCGAGAAGUGCAAGAUCAUCAAGCCAGACCGGGCGCACCACUGCAGCGUGUGCAGCUGCUGCGUGCUGAAGAUGGACCACCACUGCCCCUGGGUGAACAACUGCGUCAACUUCUACAACUACAAGUACUUUGUCCUGUUCCUGGGCUAUGCGCUCGUCUACUGCCUGUACGUGGCCUUCACAGCGCUGCACGAUUUUGUCGAUUUCUGGAAGGUAGGUGCCUACGAUAAUAAUGGUUACUCGGCACAGGGACAGCUAAAUGCCACCGGAAUGGGACGAUUCCACAUCUUGUUCCUGUUCUUCAUUGCCUUAAUGUUUGCCAUUAGUUUGGUGAGUUUGUUUGGCUACCACAUCUACCUGGUGCUGGUGAAUCGCACGACUCUGGAGUCGUUUCGGGCUCCCAUCUUCCGCGUUGGCGGCCCAGAUAAGAAUGGCUAUAACUUGGGCCGAUACGCCAAUUUCUGCGAGGUAUUCGGUGACGACUGGCAGUACUGGUUCCUGCCCGUCUUCUCCAGUCGCGGUGAUGGCUACAGCUAUCCGACCUCCAGCGACCAGAGUCGAGUGUCCACCACCUCACCCGUCCAGCGUUACGAUGCCAUGGGGGAUACGGCCACCAGCAGGUUAGAUGGCAAUCCAACAGAUAAGUUGAUUGGCGCUAGUCCCCUCGACACCACUAACCAUCACCACAACCAAUCGCCUCAUCAAGUAAGAAGCCCCAGCGCCCAGCCAAUCCAGCAGUUGCAGCAGCAACAGGCGCCACCAUCUCCAUACCUGGACGAGCUGGAAGAGCGGCUGGAGCAGGUGGCAAACGGCCAGUCAUUAAGCAGCAGCACAGCAGUAGUCAAGUCUAGUCAGCAGGCGGAGAGAGAAGCCAAUGGGGCAGCUGUAUUCAUCGACAUGGUUGGGGAUCAUCCACUAGCAGGAGUGGAUCCUGCCAAGGAUUCCCCACGCCCGCCGAAUGGCGAUCUGCCAGUUUGAAUUGCACCAUUUGAUUUGUUUCUGUAGAAUGUAUUGUGUUUGUACUAUAUAGCCGAGUAAACUGCCAGAUUUGUCAACGUCGCAGUUUGUAGUAAGCCAAUAAGUUACCUCUAUGCAAUUCAUCAAAUGUUCAGUGUAGGCCAUUAAAAUGUUUGAAUGGCUGGGACCACUAUACUUGGCUUAGAUAUACAUCGUCGGGUAUUUUAAAUUCAAUCAUCACUUAGCUACAUUCGACUAAGUUAACAUUAAGCAAUAUGUAAUUGGUUUUAAACAAGCAUUUAUCGCUGUUUCAAUCCAUCGAAUUUUGUAUUUGAAAUCAGCAGAAACGAAUAUAUGGGAGAUCCUUGAAGCUGAGAUAUUUAUCGAGGUCAGAAAUUUGUACCUUGUUAACACAUUAAUGGAACCAAUCAUCCUUGUAGAUAUCAACCGAUCUUCAAGACUUAAGCCUAAUGAUAAGCUAUGAGAUUUCAGUACACACUAUUAUCACACGAAAUUCGGGCAUUUCUCUUUGCUUUUAAUUUAUGUAGUUAGUUAGUUACUGUUUGCAAUUUAACUUUUAUACUUUUUUAUUCUUUUGUACACCUAUUAUACCUAAAUACAUUAUUAUACUGAGCGAACUUGUCUACGAGUGACGAACUUAAGAUGGAUGCAAAAAUAUAUUUGUAACAGCAACAAA